GUCAGGAACAAAUGACCAAACAGAUCAACCUUAAGAAAACAGACAAAAGAAGAAGGAAUAUGAAACCACACACACAGAGGCUCUCGGACAAAUACAAUAGAAACCAGUUACAUUUCCACACACCAUCAAUUUUCUUUAAUCUUAUUCACCAGGGUCAUACAUAUCUUAUAUUAAUUUUCUUCGUCUACGAGUUUUGCAUCAUGAACAAAUAAAUAAAUACAAUUUCCAAGGGAAAAGUGCCUACAUUAACAUUUGUCUAAUCCAAAAUUUGACACCAUCAACUGUCUGUUCCUUUCCAAAAGAGUGCAAUAGAUUUUUUUGGCAUGCAAGAGACACACAUCUAUCAAAAUACGCUCGUUCUGGCCGUAUCUAUGACCGCCGGGAUAUAGUCCCAAGAUAAAUAGAGCAGGAUCCAUUAAAACAUCUUUUGAAAUGAAUUUGUGAAUUUGUAUUUAUUUUAUAAAUAAAUAAAUGCAUAUUGUUCCUGACAAUAUGGGGACAAUGCAUAGUAAUAAACAUGAAUACGUCAUGUAAAUAUGGUAGAUUUAGACAAAAAAAAAAAGGCUCAUUUUCAUCUAGCUGGUUGAUGGAGGGGAUUAAAAAGAAUUGCAAUCAACACAAAUGACCUAUUCUUAUUCUGCUUAUCAACCCAGAACAGGAACAUUUAGUUUAUAUACUUUAGAUCAACAUUUCGCUUUUCCUUGUUUUUUUCUCUCCCUUUUUGCUCUUUCCUUUGACUUAUUGUUUCGUUUGUGUUUCCUAAUAAUGAAUGUAAAGCACUUUGAAUUACCUUGUUGCUGGAGAUGUACUAUAUAAAUAACAUUACCUUACCUACCUUUUGACAGAUUCAAUGUAUAGCUAGAAGCAGUGUAAUAUACAGUAAACAUUUACAAUAAAAAUAAAAACAAGUCACAUCCGUAAGAGGAAAAAAAAAGCAUUUAAAAACAUUAGUUCAUUUAAAUGUUGAUAUGUUGAUGCCUGGCUGGUCGAUAAACGUACAAAAGAUAUGUUUGAGAACUGGGAUUGCAAACUUUGACUAAACUGUAUCGGGUUCUUUAGUAUCACUAUUGUUUUUGUAGCCACAAAACACAAAAUUCUGUCUGAAUAUUCAGCCAUAGUCCCACGACAGAAUUAGUGAAAUUCAUUUCAAUUUGAUGAUUUCCUGGCGGUUUUUAAACACAGUCAAAAAAAAAAUUAAGGCUUUGGCAAAGCUAUUCAAAUGUUUAAACACCGGUUGGUCCUGCUACCAUCAUCAACGUUUUUCACCAUCAGUGCACCUUCAGGUAUAGUUUUGUAUAGUUUUUUAUAUACAGUAUAUAUGUAGCAACGCCUCACAUACAUCCAGACAAUAUGGUGAAGAUACGUAGCUUUUAGCUGGGCACAGUUACUGACAGUGUUCUUGUUGCUGUGCUGGACGAUUGCCAGUCAGUUGUCCGCGAAGUCCAUUAAACCAAAAUUUGAGCCUUUUAGAGUCAACACAGACCUGAGGAGAUAGAAACCACGUCUACUGAGCGAAAGGAGGUAAAAUAUUUACCGGCCAGUCUCGGACACGUUUAAGGAUCAGUAAAUUAUAUUUUGCUUAUUCUACCUUCAGGGCAAGAGUAUAAAAUAACCAAAAGGCCUGAGGUGUUAUAAAUUCCUGAUAUCAUGUAUAAAUGCUUUGUGGACGAAAGCAGCAUUUUAAACCGUCGCACUGGGAAAUCAAUGGCUAAAGUAGUGAGCACAAUCCUUUUAUCUGUCGAUUAUUUGGAUGAAAAGUCCAAAUUAGGGAGCUGCCACAUCUGGCCAAAGGCAAAGUGAGCGUAACAACCGCCUCAAUGAGACCAACGUACACAGGAACGGUUUUCAAAUGUGCAACGUUGUACAAAAUAUGGUAAACCCAGGACAAAUUAUGCAAUGUUUUGGUCCAUCCAUGAUCCAAUCAUCCUGUUCCACAGCAUAAAGAUUUUUUUUUAAAUUUUUUUUUUUGCAGCCGGGAUCUGGUGAUUGAUCUUAACUAAUAUUUAUGACAGUCUAUAUAUUUUGACAUUUCUUCUAAGGAAGUCGUGACGCUUACAGUUCAUCACGACUUUGUGUGUUCUCACAGCACAGCUCAAAUUGCGUUCUGGAGGAUUUUUUUUUCUCUCUACAUUGUGGUUUUACUUUGAUUGACCUAAGUUGUAGAUUUUGAAAAAGAAAAAAGAUCAUCAAAUGCAGUCCAGGUUACUUUAAAAAAAAAAAAAAUGUAACCGGCCCUUUAAUCUUGAAUCACAUGACUUCGGCUUCAUGUUGUGGAAAAUAAAAAGACUGGAAAUACCAAAAAGCAAUACAGAAAUAAGUGACAACUUUAUUUUUGUCAAUGCUUUUGCCCCAGAGAAGAUGACACCCAUGGCAAAGAGCCCUAUGGCUGUUUAAAAAAAGAAUACCAUUGCCAUGACUAUUAGUAAGGUUAAUGACUGCUAUUCAUUUUUCUUGCGGGAAUAAAACAAACAAACAAAAAAACAAUCAUUGCCCAAGGCUCUCCGACUCUCUCAUACGUGUAAUUAUUGAGAUGAACUGAUCUGCAAGUGGGUACCAAAUUCAAUUUUGCUUAUGACCUUAUUCAAUCUGGAGUGAUCAAAAUAAAAUGCGGUGCGGUUUCUUGCCUCUUACGUGACCUGCGUGUAAAUGUCUUUCAAGGCUCAGAGCGCGAUAGUCAUAUCGUUGCGUUUGAGGUCGCAUGGAGACAAACGUUGUUGAUACAGGUAACCGAGGUGUGGCCAGGCGCACAGGUGGAAAGGGGGAAAAAAAAGAAAAAAAAAGCCAGCUCAUCAUCUGGCAGCCGUUAUUUCUCUUCCUUGUCCUGCACUGCAGCGCUGUGCUCCGGUUAUGGCCCCGAGUGGCGUGGGGAAGUGCUCGCUGUUCUUCUUCCUCGCCCUGGCGUUCGACGCCGGCGGCCUGGUGGUGCUCCUCGUCGGCAUUUUCGGCAACCUGACCGCAGACGGCCGCUUCUACGGGGACUUCCUCAUCUACACGGGCUCCGUCAUCAUCUUUUUCAGCCUGAUGUGGUGGGUGUUGUGGUACACGGGGAACGUGCACCUGUACGCGCCGGUACACAGGAGGGACUCUCUGGACGCCAGCCUCACGCAGUGGGCCAGGAAGUUGUCCGAGAGGUUCUCCAAGGGCGGCGGCGGCGGCAAGAAGCCCCUGGAAGCGGCGGAGGAUGAGGAGGAGAUGAAGAAAAAGAAGAUGGGUGGAGAGGUGGUGGAGGCGAAGGGGACCGCGCUCAUCUCUGCGCCGCCUCGGAUUGCAUGGGAGUCCGGCGGCGGCGGUCAGGAUAACGGGGGCUUUGACGGAUGGAGCGAGUGCGCGUCUCCGGCUGAUAAAAACGCGGAGCUGGGGGUCCUGACGGUGGCGGAGGCGGUUCUGCAGGCGGGAGACACUAAAGCAGAGAGGCUCCUCUGACACAACAUGAUGCUGUGGCCGGUGCUCCUGGACAUGAGCUACUUCCUGUUUUUGUUUGGGGUUUUUUCCUUCUCCCCUGAGAUUUCAACAGACUUUAACAUUUAAACUUGUGAGCGAAAGUCACGUUUGUGAGAACAUCUUGCUUGGUGUAAAGCUCUCAAAAAUAAGAAAAGCUGAAGGGAAAACAUUUCAUUUUUAUGUUUCUUGUGUCACUAUAUGUAUAUUUUUGUCUAAAUUAUUUUUGGGAAUAAAGUGCAAAGACAUUUAAAUGUGGCUGUGUGACUCUGAGCAGUGGAUGCUGUCUGCUUUAGUGAAAGAGACUACGUUGCAAAGGUAAUCCCUAACAAAGUGUCACCUUUUUGACGUCUAUAAGUACAAACAAAUGUUUGGGAUUUAACACACAUGGAUAAUUUCUUUCUACUUUAUCCAAAAUGGCUGAGCUACAGCUGGGUCUGUAAGGGAAGGGAAGCAAAUUCGUCGACGGAGCCAGAAUAUCUCUUAUCUUUAAGGGAACGUAUUUCUCUGGUGCCAGCGGGUGGUUUAAAAAAAAAAAAAAAUGAAGAUGUAGAGAUAGAAGGAAUGUGACCUGAAUGUUUUAAGCUCUUUCCGUGUCAUCUGUCACGCCGCUCACUCCUCGUGAGGUGCCAUGCGAAGCAUGGAAAGAAUGAAACUAACUUUCACAAGUUGCCGCUCUCGGAUCGGCCGCUGCGUAGGGUUUUUCUUCGUUGCUGUCCUCCUCGAUGCGGUCGGCCUCGUCAUCUUCAUCACUGGGAUCGCCUCGCCCGUCGGCUACUGGGACUUUCUUGUCCUUUCUGGGCCGCUAAUCUUGUUCCUCAGCCUGGCGUUUUGGAUUUUGUGGCACAUCGGAAACGUAGAGGUGCCGACCGAGGAGCUGACUCAACUUUGAGGCUCCUCGCCAGCAACCGUUGACCACCUUUCGCUGGAUGAGGAAGCCAAAUCAGCUGCAGGUUCAAAGCUUCUGCUGUGAAAUAAACGAAUGUGGAGAAAGUAAUGUUUGUUAAAAGUUUUGUUGCUUUCCUUUGUUCGGUUUCAGGUGCUUUUUGUGCUUGGAGUCUGUCUCGAAGGACAAACUUAUGGAGCCGUAAUCUGAAAAAGACGUCUGACUGUUGAGAAGGAAAAGUUCUGAAGAUCGCUUCAGACCAAGAAAGGUGCAAUCAUUAAGACUCUUUUGUAUUUUGACAAAUAGGCCUGAAUGAUGUUUACUCCGACUUGCCCCCAGAAAAGCCAAGAUGAAAAGGAACACACAACAAUAGCAAAUUGCAGUAGUUAUUUUUAAUUAGCAUUAUUUUUGAGUCAUUUUGUUCCCAACUAAUAUUAUGUUAUAGCCAUUUGGGAUUCUUUUGUGCUCGUAUUCCGUCUUUUGGGGCCUUUUUAAAUUCACAUUGUCCCUGUUUGAUUCAUGCUUUAGCUUUUUAUCUCAAACUUGCGUUCUUUGUAAGCAUUUCCUUUGUUUGGGGUCUUGUGCAUAGUUUUUUGUUAAAAUUCCACCCCUAAGCUGCGCUUUUGUAUCUCUAUUGCUACGCCGAGGCUCUUUGCUGUCCUUUUGUGAUGAACACAUUUCACAAAUUGUCCUGAUUACUGUAAUGUUGCUUUUGUGCAAGUAUUUGAGGCGUUUCUCAAAUCUAAAUGUGAGCGGUCAAAUAAGUUUUUGAUUCCUACACUACUUCUGUUUUGUUUUCUCAUUCAGUCUGACCAUAUUUCUCCUAAAAUGUUUUGUUUUAAAAAAAAUGACUUCAUCUAGCGCUGAAUUUCCUUCUUUGAGCCGUAUGGCUUUUUGAAGUUGCAUUGUUUCAAGUGGAAACAUAAUAAAAGCAAUUCAGAUUAGCGUA